AUAGGUCCUGAACUGAGUCACUAGGUGUCUUCAUUCUGCCAUAGAAAGCAAUGGAGGUUGGCUGCUGCUGUUAACAGUAUACAUCAUUUCAUGUUUGCCGGGAUGCAGACGGAUAUGCUAUUGGAAACCCUAAUGUAGUGUGAACCUACCCUAAAUGAUGCAUACACAGAACCCAAGAAUAAUCCGUUUCCCAUUGACUUACAUUAUAUAUUUACGUGUGUAUACAUAUAAAAAUUAAACCAUAUACGUUUUUUUUGCCAUACUCAUUAGCAUAGUUGACUACGUUUUUGUAUACAGCAUAAUUACAUGCACAAUAAAAGUAGUGGAAAAUCCAGCACAGGUAUCAGUACAAUAAGAACUUCUUUAUUGAGAACACCACAGUGAUAAAACAGGACCAAAUGUGAUGCGUUUCAGCCGUUAUACCAGCCUUACUCAUACUAAAGAACUACACAGUACAGCCAUACCUUUAUAGGGAAGGAACCACUUAACCAAAAUCAGAACACCUGUCUCCACCCAGGGGUACACUCCAUCAGGUGCCUAAUCAUCACAGAACAGCAGCAAGUGUAGUCUGGUGACAGCAAAACAGCAAGGUGGCUGUGUGGGAGAGGCAGGGGUUCAUGCGAGAAGAACACAGCCAGGCGCUGUGAAUGACCCCCACCAGUGAAAUGGACUAUGACAACUUGUGGUAACACAGGUGAAGUGUUCUUUCUCCAGCAUGAGACAGACAAGGGGUCUGAGAACAAAAGGCAAGAGGCCGCAAAUGCUGUGUGUGAACAGUGGUGACGGAGGACUACUACACGUGCACGGAGAAGGUUUGGACUGCAUCCACAUUCUCCUGUGCAGUAGUGGAACAGUAAAGCUGGGGGUGCUCCAAAUAUUAGGCAGUAUAGAAGAUGACAAUGCUGGCGGGCCCAAUAACUGUAAUGGAUUGAGUCUAAUGAAGUCUAAGGCUGGGGCUGCAUGGCGAUAGUGUUUGCUCUCACCUAAGGCUGCUUAACUACAGGACGUGUAUUCUGCUGGAGAACUAUUACAGACCAGAUACUGUGGGAAAGAAAUGAGCUGACUUGUAGCUUGGUACACAAGCAUCAUGUUUAGAUACCAGUAUAUCACUUCAGAUCAACUCACUGGUUUUGACAAGUACAAGUAUAGUGCAGUGGACACAAAUCCCAUAUCUGUAUAUGUUAUGCAGCAUGUAUGGAACAAAGUUGUACAGAUAGUGCCACUUUGGAUUGCUCCAAACACGUUAACUUUCUCUGGAUUUUUACUCAUCAUAGUAAAUUAUAUCUUAUUGUGCUAUUAUGACUGGGACUACUCAGCAUCAGGUAUCUACAAUCAGCAUAUUCCUAAUUGGAUUUGGAUCUCUGCUGCCUUGGGAAACUUUUUUGCUUAUGCAUUAGAUUCAAUUGAUGGAAAACAUGCUAGAAGGACUCAGUCAAGCAGCCCUUUGGGAGAGUUAUUUGACCAUGGGCUGGACAGCUGGACAGCAUCUAUCUUUCCACUGUCUUUGUUCUCAAUAUUUGGAUGUCAUUCGGGAGAAGCUGGAUUAACGCCGGUGAAGAUGUUUUUAGUGACUAGUGUUGUACUCUUCACUUUUAUGCUCUCACACUGGGAAAAAUACAACACUGGGGUUCUAUUUCUUCCAUGGGCAUAUGAUAUCAGCCAGUUGUCAAUGACUGUGGUUUACAUUCUUACUGCGAUCGUUGGAGUUGAAACAUUCCAUAAGCCUGUGUUCCCUCAUGUAUACAUGCAUGAUUUUUUGAUUACAUUCCUUGUAGGAUGCAGUUUACUAAUUGCCCUUCCCCAAACAGUAUAUAAUAUUGCUAUAGCUUAUAGACAGAAAACCCUGCUGAAGAGCUCUAUAUAUGAAGGACUUUUACCAUUAUUUUCCCCUACAAUUUUAUUUAUUUUGUUGACUGUCUGGACCAUCUUUUCUCCAUGUAAAAUCCUGGACCAACAGCCAAGACUAUUUUUAUGGAUGGUCGGUGUGCUCUUUUCAAAUGUGACUUGCAGAGUUAUUAUAUGCCAGAUGAGUAACACCAGAUCCGAAGCCUUGCAUUGGCAUCUUUAUCCAUUGGCUUUAGUGGUUGGUCUAGCUGUGUCUGGUUAUCUUGGGACCCUGGAAGAGCUCACCUUCUGUGCUGUCACAUUUUUUGCUACUGCAGCUCACAUUCAUUAUGGAGUUUGUGUGGGGAAGCAACUGAGCGAACAUUUCCAUAUCUACGUAUUCUCUCUAAAGAAGCGGUAUGCAGACUGAAUAACUGUUCUGAAUCCCCAGGGAAAUGUUCUGAAAAAUGAUUUUGACAAUAGAAAAUGUCCUCCUAGAAGAAACUGUAUCAAGACUGAAAAUCAACAAGUUGUCUUGUUUUAUACAAGCAAACAGGAAUCUGUCAAGUACAGACUGCGGCAUUAUGAGCAGAGCUGGUAUAUCGAUGAACGAGAGAAGCCAGGGCUUUCUUUAUUUAUAGAAACCGGUUAUGGUUUACAUCAUCUUUUACAAUCUUGUUUUUAUCAAUGUAUUUAAUAUCCUUUUUUUGUAUUUGGUAUUUAAAAAUAAAUAAAAACAAAUGUGUAAAUGCUCUCAUUUUCUUUUAAUAUCAAUGCUUAACUAUACCACUAUGGAAGCUGGGUUAGACAGAUAUUUCUUAAGGUAAAAUAAAAAGCAGACUAAAAACUUUUACUUCUCCUAGAGGGAAGCACUAAGGUCUUACUUCACAGUAAUACAAACAUUUCUGUAAACCAUUAGCCUAUCAGCAAUAGCUCCAUAAUAAAGUGCCCACAGCCUGCAAUGGACCUAUGCUAUACCUUUGCAUGCCUCUGAUUUUAUACGACACAGGUUGUUGCGAUUUAUCGUAUUCAGCUUUUAAUGCCAUAUUCGCACACAGCCAAUUUGUUCCAAUUGAUCACAUAAAGGUCCCCAACCAAUAAUAACUUCCACCUCAGCCUAUAAGAGUGAAAAGGUCCCUUACAUAUUUUGACCAACAUUUAUUUUUAAACACUAAUUUAGGUUAUACAAAAUGUCGAGUAAAUGGGUUCAGAAUGCUUUAUAGCACACAGAAAAGGGGUAUGUGUUCAAAAUGGGUAUAAGGUCAUAGCAGUCACAGUCUCUACUGGGCUUUAGCUACAUCCAGACUUAUUGUAGCGAGAUUUCCCAGUUUUAAAUAUCAAGCAACCUGUGGAAAUAAAACAUCAGAGAGCAUGCCCCAUUUAAAAGUACCAUUACUGACCCAUGUUGACUUUACUAUAGACAUGUACCUGCCUAUAGCAUUUCUGCACAAAAAAAUUACAAAGAACCCCCCUCCACCCCCCCCAAAAAAAAAAAAAAUCAUCAAAUUGCUGAGUUUUAGACUAGGGAAACACAGCAACUUUGGUUAUGCAACGUUGCACAUAAUGUUAGUGGAUGGGGUUUUAUGUGGCAUCCCACACAGCACAACUGCGACCUGACAAUUGCAAAAAAAAUGAAAACAGUUUUGAUGGAUUUGAUAUGGCCGCUACCUCUUGACAAAGCUGCGGGAGAAGCGAAACAUGUAGAGGGGGGCAGAAUAGGGAACUUUUUAAACAACAAGCAUAGCAGCAGCUCGGGUUGCAGAACGUGCACUGCAGGCACGUUCAGCUCAUUCAAUAGUGACAACAGAUACUAGCAGAAGAAUGUUCUGUCAAUCUAUAUAUUGAACAUCAAUAUACAUUAUACACAUUGAGCUGCUUCUCUUGCUUAACCUUUUAACUGUGUGUAGUUCUGUUCAUUUAGUACACCUUAAAUCAUUAUUUAAUAAAUCUUGUGGGAUCACCAUAAAGUAUAUGUAUAUAUGGGAAAAUAGGGUAAUUUUUGGAUUCCCCUAGGGGAAUCUUAUAGGUUAAUACAUUGAAGUUAACCCUCCAUAUAUUGGUCU